AUGGUGAGGACUUUUCCCCAAUUCAGUGCCAAGGAGAUAUCGGACAACAUCUUGAUGGCCCUGGUCAGCUGCAGCUUCCAAAAUCGAUCCCAGGUUACCGGCGACAUGAACGUCAGCGCCAUUCUCUACCAGCAGCUGAACAAUCUCACCAUGCCCAUAAUAUGCCGAAAGAUAGAGCGGAUAUCCGAAGAGCUCGUGGUAGCUAUUCACAUCCGUGCCUUUGGCAAGGAGGCACCGGGCAGCCAAUAUGUUUCCGUGGCACGCGGCAAGUUGCAACGCGCCAUAUUGCCUUUCAAGUUCAUGACUUCAUCCCGAAGACAGGAAUAA